AUGCCUCAUCCUGAGUCGGAUUCACAGCCUCCGGCUGACUCCUCGGCGGAGCAGGAGCAGUUGACGAGCUUGCCUUUUCCUCCGGUUACUCACUCGCAUAUUCUAAACUGCUCAUAUCAUAAUUGGCAUCCUCGCUAUCGCACACUCACCCCCAAGUCUCGCGCCAUACCUUUGACCUCUUCGUUUGUCUCUUACCUCCGCGCCGACGGCAUCGUGCUGCCCCCGGAAGACAUUCAACCUACGGACGACGACAACAAUCUCGACGCUUAUUCCGACGAUUCCGCAGGCGAAGAGCCAGACCCGUCAACAGAAUGGAAGGAAAUUCAUACGCAAGUCAAAUCCACCAUCUCAGAGUUCGGAGGCAUCGUGACUCCCAAACUGAACUGGAGCGCCCCGAAAGACGCCUCGUGGAUGUCGGCAACGAAUGACCUGCAGUGUCGCACACCCAACGAGAUUUACCUCCUCCUCAAGAGUAGCGAUUUUGUCACCCAUGACUUGGAAUACCCCUACGACGGAUGUGUCGCCGACUCGACCGACUCCUCUUCUCCAUCCGACGCCAACCCUCCCGACAUCCCUUACCAUCUCGUCCUGCGCAAAUAUGUCAACUUCAACCCAUCGCUCGAGUUCCGCUGCUUCGUGCGCAAUCGCGUGCUCCUUUGUAUCUGCCAGCGAGACCAGAACCACUUCGAUUUCCUCUUCCCCAUGCGUGAUUCCCUCCGGUCUCGGAUCCAGGCGUUUUUCGACGAGAAAUUGAAGGAUACUUUCCCCGACCCGAACUUUACGUUCGACGUAUACCUCCCGCCUCCGCACCAGCGCGUCUGGCUCGUGGACAUCAACCCAUGGGCUGAAAGGACCGAUCCGCUUCUGUUCGGCUGGUUGGAAAUCUUACAGAUGAAAGACCCCAUCGGCAUUCAGGAAGAGGACGGUGCGGAAGAGCAAUUUGUUCGCCUGUCUCUCAAUGGAAACAAUCCCACCAUCUUGGACCUUGGAGCGGCCGGAGAAUCCGACUCCGAGUCAGAAUCGGAAGAGGACCUAGAUGCCGAAUCCGACGACGACAAUCCCUUCCUUCCUGAAUUCCGACUUGUCAAGCGGGAUGACCCGGAGGCGUACGCUUUUACGACACCCCAGUACUCCGCUUCUAAGUUGCCCAAGGAGGUGGUUGAAGCUUCCAUGACUGGUCCGGGCGGCAUGAGCGAGUUCCUGGGCAAGUGGCAGGAUAUCCUAGCCAAACAGACUCAGGAGUCCGAUUCGGAUAGCGAGGGUGGACGAUAA